AUGCUGUCCCUUCGAUUUUCUUCCGGCCGGAAGGCGAAGAAACCUGCUGGAUCCCGCUUUGCCUUCUCGCCCCAUCCUGACUCCUCGCCCCGUCCUCUCUCCUCGCCCCGUCCUCUCUCCUCGCCCCGUCUUGACUCCUCGUUUGCCUCUUCCUCGCCUUCAUCCUGCGCUGCUUCGAGGGGGAAACUCUCCAACCUAGUGAAGAAGCGACACAGAGAAGAGGUUGGCAUUUCGAGCAGUGUACGGAAAAAAACCAAAAAACGGAAAGCGGGCGACAAGCGAGAAGAAUCGGGACAUGUCGAAAGGAGGCUCCACGACUUGCCUCUCCUUUCCGCCAGGAAAGAAGAAGGGGUUUUUGUGCCGUCCCUGUCUGCUCGAGGUAGUGGAGACGGUGUCUCGUCGGAGACGCGAACGGCUGAGGAGGCUCGUGCGAAGAAACGAGAGAAGAAGAGAAGGAAAAAAAACAAGACGGGUGAGACAGCGUCUGGAGAGCCGUCGGCAGAGCCUCUCCCGGUGGUCUCGGGGUCAGGAAAGAAAAGCAAGAAGAAACAGAGGGGCAAGGAAGAGCGACGAGAACAGCAGAGCGAGGACAAGGGAGAAUAUGCAUGUGUUCCUGCGACAGGAGAGUCGGGUUUUCCUGCCUUGGAAGGAGAACGAGAUGACCGGAAGCAAAAGGGGGAAAGACGCUCUCAGGGGAUGAACCUGGACGAGAAGGCAAUGUCCCGAGAGGGGGUCGGCAGACACAGGCAGGCGCUCGGCGCACAAAAAUCUGCGCUUUUGCAGCGGCUGCAGGGAAGCCGGUUUCGCUCUCUCAACCAGAGUCUGUACACCUCAACUGGAGAGCAAGCCCUGGCUGCAUUCACCAAGGAUCCGUCACUCUUCCACGCAUACCACGAGGGCUACCGAGUGCAGGUGACACACUGGCCCUCGAACCCGCUCACGCACAUCAAAGCCUGGGUUCGCCUGUUGCCUCCUGCGUGGAUGAACAUUCGCUCUUUCGAUCUCGUUGCUGCUCGGCCAGAAGUUACGGCCUGCAACAUCGCCCACCUGCCUCUGGUAGCGGAGAGUGUCCAUGCAGCGGUUUUCUGCCUCAGUCUCAUGGGCCGGGACUGGCCGUCAUUCCUGCAAGAGGCGCACCGCGUCCUCAAACCAGGGGGCUUGUUGAAGAUUGCCGAGGUCACCUCGCGCAUGCAAGACGAAUCGGCUUUUAUUCGGGGAGUCGAAGGCCUCGGCUUCUCGCUCACCCGCACUCCUGAAAACAUCAAGUCCUUCUUCAUCCUCUUGGAGUUUCGAAGAGAAGGCGCACGCCAGAAUAAAAAGCACAACACGAAGAGCUGCGGCGGACGCGCACGUCAAGAUGACGCAGUGGAAGAACGCGAAGGGAAGAAGAGCAUGAAGGCGUUGGGGAAAAAAGGAGGCAGGAGCCAGCAGCCGGUCCAAGCGUUCGAUGCGAAGACAGAUGGAAAAAAGAAAGGGGCGGACCGGCUCGAAGCGUCGCUGUUGCGACCGUGUAUUUAUAAACGCCGCUGA